AUGUUUCAUGUGGAAUAUCGACUUAUUCCUGAGUAUCAAUUCCCCGCAGCUGUUGAUGAUGCAGUUGCAAUAUAUCGUGCUCUUCUUCGCCUUAAUAUUUUCCCAUCUCAAAUGUUUAUUAUGGGUGAUUCAGCUGGUGGUGGUCUUGCUCUGCUAACCGUUCAAGCUAUAAUUGCUCGUCAAUUACCGGUACCUCGUGGUGCUAUUACCCUCUCUGCCCAGACUGAUCUUUCACUAUCUGGAGAAAGUUAUACACGUAAUCGUCUUACGGAUGUAAUGCUCAGCAUUAACCCCACCAAGUGGAUGGUUAAUAUACUAAUGGGCACUAAUCAUUCUGAAUUAUCGCUGGAUAGUCCUUUUUUUAGUCCUCUUUUUUAUACAUUUGAAGGAUUUCCACCGAUGUAUAUUAAUGUAGGCACAGCUGAGAUAACAGAAGACGAUUCCAAAAGACUUUUAAAAAAGGUUCAAGAUGUCGGUGUGGAUGUAACAUUUGAAGAAGGUUUACAUUUUAUGCAUAUUUAUCCAAUAUUUUUUCUCUAUUAUCCCAAAGCACGAAAUACACUUAAUAAUAUAAACAAAUGGAUUCAAACAAUCUAA